AUGCCUCUUGUCUUUGCCGAGCCUCCCAUCUCGCUCUCCACGGCGCACUCGCUGGCGGCCUUCUUCGCUGGAUCCUACGUCGGCUCCUUGUAUCUCUCGAAGAAUGCCCGACUGUCGUUCAAGCAGGGCAGCAUCAAGCUGAAGCAAGGCCAGCAGCGCACCAAGGAGCAGGAAGAACGAUGGAGGGACGACCCGGCCGUGAUACGUGCGCGGCUUGCAGCGGCUAGCCUGAGCACGCUCGCUAGUUGUGCAACGAUGGUGGGGCUGGUGUGGAAGCUAUUGAGGUGGACGUCAGAGGCGUUCCCUAUCGCGCUGGAGACGACGCUUGCUAGGCUAGGCUUCGACAUACCGACCCCAUGGUCCGAGCUCGUCCUUCCAUGCCUUGUUACCCCUACACUCUUCUUUGGGCCUCUCUAUGCGUACUGGCUGGCGGGCUCGCUGCCCUUACAACGAAACUGGAGUUGGAGGUGUAGCGUGCUGCCACUAUUCACAACCUGGCAGAGCGUUCGAAACUACGUGGUGGGGCCGAUAACCGAAGAGAUCGUCUUCCGUUCGUGUGCAUUGGCUGUCUAUCACCUGGCCGGCGCGCCGCGAGCGAAGAUGAUCUUCCUCACACCUUGGUUGUUCGGUUUGGCACACGUCCACCACGCUUGGGACACCUACAACCGGUAUGGACGUACAACAGCUGCCGCGAAGCAUGCGAUCAUCGCCACACUCUUCCAGACGUCUUACACAUCCCUCUUCGGAUUCCACACUGCAUUCCUGUUCCUUCGCACAGGCUCCCUGAUUCCUCCCGUCACCGCACACAUCUUCUGCAACAUCAUGGGCCUCCCGCAGAUUGGCACGCAGAUGGCCAUGUUUCCGCAUCGCCGGAAAGCUAUCAAGUUCGCAUACCUACUCGGCAUCGCUGGAUACAUUUACACUAUGAGCAGGUGGACGCUGGCGCCCGAGUGUCUCUACUGGAGCCCCGUCGACACCAUCGCUAUGUUUUGA